ACAACAGUUUGGGGCGAGUUGUUUUAUCGAUCACUCGCCCUUCCGUGCCCCGCUCUAGCGGUGUUCUCCAACCCGCUACGAGUCUUGAUAAGGAUCUGAGAAUGUGCGACGAAAUGAUGUAUGUGUAUGUGAACGGUUUUAUUCACAAAUUGGGUCAUCGAUGAGUUUCUGUCGGCGGGCGGCGGCGAGCGCAUUCACGCGGGUUAUUCGCGCGGGACACUCGAUAAUGAUUGUUUAUUUAUUCGAGGUGUAGUUCCGUCUCCCAGGCAAUGGAAAGUGCAGUGAUUGUGUUUUGAGGGCUAACAGAAAACAGUAGUCAUGUAUGGGAUGUUGUUUGUUGGCUCACUGGCGGGUAACAAGGUGGAAUGGAUAGCGGCAGGCUGGAGGCGGCCCCUUCCGGGGCUGUACACUUGGACACAGUGAGGGCACUGCACCAGACUGUAGUCUCACUUAGAACUGCACUUGAAGUCUCCAAGAAUGAACUGAAACAGUUGAAGGAAAAGUAUGAGCAGCAUUCUCAUUGCUUAGAAUAUGCAGAUGUUAUUGAAAAAUUGACUUUGGAGAACCAUAUUUUGCGGCGGAGGAUUAUAGAAUCUGAUUAUCAAGAAAAGGACCCUGAUGCACAAAACAUAAAGUUGGAAGUUACUUACAACCCUCAUACACAUAAUAUUGAAGAGUUCACAAGUAGUGAAGUGGUGAUUGCAACUGCUACAGACCGGAACAGCACUAUAGAUGAGUUAGAGCCCAUUCCUCAGGAGUCUGAUGAGAACAGUAAUUUCUGUUCAGCCGAGAAGUUGAAUGAGAUUCCAGAGGAUGUAGAGGAAUUUUCUGAAGCCCCUGAAUCUCCUGCAUUCAACGAGUCUGCAGAGUCAAUUCCCCCUGAUGAUGCAAAUAACAAUACUGAAAUAGGAGAAAUCUCUCAGGUCUCUAGUUUACCUAAAGAAACCGAGGAGCCUGAAGAACUUCAUCAACCAAGUUUUAAGACUAAGCUUGAGCUACUAUCAAAGUUUGAUGUGCGAAUAAAAGUUCGGACAUUGAAAGAAGGUACAAUUGUUUCAAGUACGACAUCAGAGAGUGAUUCUUCUGAAGACAGAAGAGCUUUUGAGAAGGAUUCUACGGUAUUCACUGGUCAACGAUUUCAAGAAAAAGAGGGACAGGUGGAUAAUAAGUCGGUGAAUAUAAAGUCUAUUACUACGGACAACGUCAGGAUGGCUGUCCCAAAUGAAGCAGAUGUUAAAAGCAAGUCAGACAAGUUUGACGUCCAAGUGAGGAUCACCUCGGAGGAGAACCUGGUUGUGAAGGAGAAUAUUGAAAGGAGUAGAAGAAAGGACACACUCAACUUGGAUGUUGAUGAUUUGAGUCUUAGGUCGUUGUCUGAAGGUGAUAACUCGGUGUUUUCCGAAGGGGGCACGACUCCCAUAGACCCUAAUGCUGCAGCAGCUAGUGAAGAGAAACAAGAAGAUAAUGCAAGUGGUAAUGAAUCGGAAGAGGUUGACGAUAUAGAACUUAUAUUCACUACCGACGAGUCCAAGGAUAUGAGUAAUUUACAGGAGGACCUCGUCUCCAUUCGCGAGGGCGACCAAUGGGCUCCUCAAUCGGCAUCUACGGCGCAUUCCACACCGGUCCUCAUUAAAUUCCACACGUUAGACCCUGACUUCCAACCAGGACAGGAGAUUAAAACCUCUCCGACGGAGAACCAGGAGAACACUGAGAGACCGAUAGAAGUCUCCAAACAGAAGAGGGUCUCGCUCCCAAACGAUAAGGAGAUCAGACACGUCGCCUUCAAUGGGAAAGGAAACUUAGAUCUCCCCGGCCGUAGUAUCCUGAAGAGUUGUGACAACAGAUCAGAUAAUAUGCUGUACAGAAAGAGCCCUAACACGAGUUCAAGGAGGCUGGACAGUAUCGACAGCCUCACUUGCGAGUACAACAGAGGCCUAAGUUUUGAUAACACGAAGUCUUCGAGUUUCGAACUCGGUUCCAGCAUGGACAUCUUACAUAGGGAGGAGAGUGUGGACAGUUUCCACAGGAACAUUAAUCUAGGACAUCGGUAUUCCGUGUUCGCGGAGACGGAUAUCUCCAAAUGUGGUACGUCAGAAGAUGACCUGGCCGCUAACUUGAAUGUUAGAAGGAAUACUUGCCCUAAUCCAUUUCAGUAUAGACCAUCGAACUUCCGAGGCGUGUCACGGCCUCCAGGUCCGUUCAAGGCAGGCACGGCUCGCCUCCGACCAGUAUUACGCGACGGUGCACAUCCUCGCCGGGAGAGCGGCGCACAAACUGACGUGUGUGCGUUACCACCGCGGUGGAGCUCCGAUGGAUAUCUUGCGCAUAAGUUGCCAGUCCCACCAACGAGCGUGCCAACAGUACCAUCUCGCGCAGUGACCACGACGCGUCGUCUGACCGUGCCGGACGCGCGCCCCCCGCCACCUGUACGACGCACCGACGAGACGCGACGAGUGCUACUCAGUGAUAUUGGGUUCACCUCGAUGGUGCCGGAGUUGUCUCGGUCGGCGGACCCCGUGUGGGCGCUGGGCAAGCGACAGUCACAUCCUGACGACUCUACCACGACCUCUACUUCCAAAUUCUUGUCUCGCGGCUCGUCCUACCGUUCGCCGUGCCUCAGUAUAGACAGGAGCAACGACUGGACGCCGCAGAAUAUGUACUUACCGUCAUCCAGAGAUUCUAGCCGUCCCUGGCGUAGCUCUCUACCAGAUGUCCGUCGUGACGAUACUGAUGAACUGCUAGAAGAAGCCGAAAUGUUUGUGAGGCGAUCUAUUGACAAUUUGCAGGCGCCAUCUAUUGACUUGGAAAAAUCAAUCGGUGUGACUGGUCAGCCGUACAUCCCUUCGGAACCUCGUCAGUUGAGACUCGGACACACUGUGAAGGUGAUCACACCGCACGGACGCAUCGCCGUAGGACGUGUCAGAUACGUAGGCCUAGCGGGCGCCAGUACAGCGACGAGUUCCGUGGUGGUGGGCGCCGAGCUGGUCCACAGCGCGGCGCCGGGCCUGCCGCGCAAUGACGGGCUGUACCGCGGCCGCCGGUACUUCCUCGCGCACCCCCUGCACACCGCGCUCUUCGUGCCCUUCUCCAAGGUCGUCAUGGCCUGGGCUAAUUAACGGUAAUCACCCCAUUAUACACGUUAUCACAUUUUCAAUAAGGCUUAUAAUCGUGUGCAGUGGUUUUUGAGCUGUUUUUGGUGACUACUGCAUAUAGUUGUAAGUGUCUUUUGUCCUUAUAUCGUAAAAAUAUUGGAUCUUGCAAGAUUUUUUCGUAUGCGAUUGGACUAUUAAGUCAAUUUGUAAUGACGUUUGUCAAAAUAUUUUUCGAUAUACGGACCAAAAGGUCGUAAAAGUGAUAAAAUCUUAAUCCAGAUUUUGACAAAAUUGUAAUAAAAAUGAAUAUUAAAAUAUGGCGUUUAAAAGUGAAUGGAUAGUUAGAAAAAGAAAGGACUGGUUUGGACAUAUUGAUUUUGGUAAGGGUGGUAAUGGUAUAAGUAGUUUGUGGAUUGAUAGUUAAUGCUUAGCUUUGAUGGUGGAAUAUAGAAAAAGCUAAAACACGGUAUGGUUUAUGGUACGAUUGCGUGAAUAAUUAAAGUAUUGAAAUUACUAAAGAAAACCC